AUGGACAGUGGCAAGGGCAUCUAUCUGUUCGACGCCGACGCGCUGGUGACGCCAACGCCCAAGCGGCAGACCGAGUUCACAACACCAACGCGCGACCGCCGCGGGUCUCAAGGCCUUCUCAGCGUCGUCUCGUCUACGAGCAGCCACGGCCGCAAGGCGCCCCCGCCCGAGAUGUACAACGUGCGCACCAACUUUAAAACCACGCCCAACCAAAGCGAGGCAUCGUUCCCAGCGACGCCGCCGGUGACGCAGCUCGACUUUCACGGCGACCCGAUCAUGGAAGAAGAGCACAAGUCGUCGCCAAUGCACCCGACGUAUGCCCGCAAGACGGCCGGUCUCUCGUCGUCGCUCUGGAUUCUCAUGGCGGCGGUGCUGGGCAUCGGGCUAGGCCUCGGUCUCGGCAAACUCGAACCGUCCGCCGACACGCUGGCUUGGAUUGCGCUGCCCGGUGACCUCUUUGUUCGCGCACUCAAGUGUCUCAUUGUGCCGCUUGUGUUUUGUACUAUGACGGUGUCGAUCGCCGAAGUCAUCGAACUCAAGCGCACGUCGCUUCUGACGUGGCGCACGGUUGGCGUCUUUCUGCUCACGUCGUUUCUCUCGGCGUGCCAAGGCCUCGGCGCCGCGCUCGUCUACCGGAGUCUCCUCACGGCCCGCACCACCGGCACCGCCACCGCGAUAAGCACGGGGCCCACCGUGGCCUUCCAGUGUGCCAACGGGCGCUUCCUCCACGCGUACGAGAACGGAUCGGUCGCGUGCUCCGCCGCACAGAACGCGACAAGCAGCGAGACCUUUACCAUGCUCGACGUCAACGGCGCGCUCCACAUAGCUACGCCGCUGUCGGCCACGACGCUGUCACUGACGCAGCAAGCCAUUGCAAUCAUCAACCAAGCCGUGCCCGACAACAUCUUUCAAGCUCUAAGUGACGGCACGCUCCUCAGUGUGAUUGCAUUUGCCCUCCCGCUCGGUGUCGCCGUCGCACGGUCGCACCACAGCAGCCUGCCCGGCCCGAACGAACUCCUCGCGCUCUUUCGCCAAGCGCGCAACGCGCUUCUGUUGCUCGUCACCGGCACGCUUCGCUUUACGCCGAUCGCCGUUCUCUUCCUCUUGACGAACGCGAUGGCCACGUAUACAAAAGCAUCGUCGUCGUUUGCGUCCCACGCUGGCUACGUGGUGCUCUGCUUCUUCAGCGUCGUGCUCACGCAUGUCGGCGUCGUCCUCCCAUGCGUCCUCUACCUCUUGAUCCGCGUCAACCCAUAUGCGUACAUGCGGCAGCUCGUACCUGCUUAUGUCUUUGCGUUCGGCUGCUCGUCGUCGAUGGCGACGCUCCCUGUUGCAGUCACCGUCAUCCAUCAAACGCGCAAGGUGACGCGAUCCACCGCGCAGCUCAUCAUGUGUCUGGGCACACCCACGAAUAUGAACGCCGCGGGCCUCUACCACCCGCUCAUGGUCGUCUUCAUGGUGUACAUGGAAGGCAUGCUGAGCGAGCUCACGACACCGAAGCUCGUGAUCCUCUUCUGCAUCAGUCUCGUCGGCUCGAUGGGCACCGCACCAGUGCCCAACGCCGGCUUGAUCAUGCUCUUGACAGUCUGGAAGACGGUGUUUCCGACCGCGCCGCUCCCGCAUUCGUUUGUGUAUGUGGUCGCGAUGGACUUUCUCCUCGGCCGUAUCCGCGUCAUGGUCAACGUCAACGGCAACAUGAUGGCGACGCGCAUCUUGGCCCAUGGCCUCGACGAGCACUCGACGGACGAAGAAAACAACUACGCGUGAAAGCAUCUGUGGUCGUCGAGUAGUGCUGUACAGUAAAACGUAGUACCCAAAUCAAUGUAGUCUAGCAUCGAUCCGUGU